UUUUUUUUAUAACGUCGUGGAUCUAACAAUGUUCUCGAUUAAUAUGAGAUUGUUCAAAACUACAACUCUUUUAUUAUUAUUUGCAUUUGUUGGAACUCACGUAAGGUGUUUGCCAAUUGAGGAAUCUUCAUCUACAACUUCAUCCUCAUCCUCAACACUUUCUAACACCGGUGAUCAUUAUGAUCAAAGACAAAAUGGCACUGACAAUUAUCGUAUUCACGUUGACGGCGUAGUUGUGGUCGUUGCACCAGUCGAAGCUCUUUUAUUAGCUGGUGAUGUCAUUGGUACCAAUCAAUCUGACAUAUCGUUGCUCGAAUCUAUGUUGUACAAUGCCAAACCAGAAGAUGAGAAACCAAAUGUCGAACAUUUGGAGAAACCAACUGUCUCAUCGAAAUCUACACACAGAUCCAGUUUACGUUUAAUGAAUCUACUUGCUCCCUUUAUACGCCGUCUUUAUCACAAAGAAUGAAUCCAAUACUGAAUUUUAAACAAAAUCUUCGAAGACUUAUUUUUACUAUAAUGUAAUAUGAAAAUGUG